CGUGCCGUACGUCGCCGCGCGCGUGCGCUCUUUUCCACGUGCGGAAUCCCCGGACUCGUGGAGUGCCGGACGCCGCAGACGCCAGAGUCGCGCAGCUCCGCUCUCGCCAUGAGGCCAGGUUUCAGCCCCCGUGGGGGUGGCUUCGGUGGCCGAGGGGGCUUUGGUGACCGCGGUGGUCGUGGCGGAGGCCGAGGAGGCUUUGGUGGGGGCCGAGGUCGAGGCGGAGGCUUUAGGGGCCGUGGCCGAGGAGGAGGAGGAGGAGGAGGAGGUGGAAGAGGUGGAGGGUUCCAUCCUGGGGGCAACCGGGGUCGUGGCCGGGGAGGAAAAAGAGGAAACCAGUCCGGGAAGAAUGUGAUGGUGGAACCUCAUCGGCAUGAGGGAGUCUUCAUCUGUCGAGGAAAGGAGGAUGCACUAGUCACCAAGAAUCUGGUCCCUGGAGAAUCAGUUUAUGGAGAGAAAAGAGUCUCGAUUUCGGAGGGAGAUGACAAAAUCGAGUACCGUGCCUGGAACCCCUUCCGCUCCAAGCUGGCGGCAGCGAUCCUGGGCGGCGUGGACCAGAUCCACAUCAAGCCGGGGGCCAAGGUGCUCUACCUCGGGGCUGCCUCGGGCACCACAGUCUCGCACGUCUCUGACAUCGUCGGCCCAGACGGUCUGGUCUACGCAGUUGAGUUCUCCCACCGCUCCGGCCGUGACCUCAUUAACUUGGCCAAGAAGAGGACCAACAUCAUUCCUGUCAUUGAAGAUGCUCGGCACCCGCACAAAUACCGCAUGCUCAUCGCGAUGGUGGAUGUGAUCUUUGCCGACGUGGCCCAGCCAGACCAGACCCGGAUCGUAGCCCUGAAUGCCCACACCUUCCUACGUAACGGCGGCCACUUUGUCAUUUCCAUUAAGGCCAACUGCAUCGACUCCACCGCCUCGGCCGAGGCCGUGUUUGCCUCGGAGGUGAAGAAGAUGCAGCAGGAGAACAUGAAGCCCCAGGAGCAGCUGACGCUGGAGCCCUACGAGAGAGACCACGCCGUGGUCGUGGGCGUGUACAGGCCACCCCCAAAGGUGAAGAACUGAAGCCCGGCGCCGCCUGGACUGCGAAAUUGUGUUGCUACUGUCCCGCGUGUGUUUUUCUAUUAAAAGACUCCUCCGUC